CUUGAUGGUAUGAAUGAAAGAGAGACAGGAAAUCUGGACUGAAAAGCUCAAACUGGAAUAGCUCGCUUGUCUCCAGGCAACAGGCCUGACGCAACCGCUGGGAAAAAAAAAAAACUCCCUUAAAUAAAAAAACACACACACAGAGAUUUCUGAAGCAAGACAGAGACAAGGAUGAGACAGUCUCCUGGAGGCACUGGUGACACUGCUUUGCAAAUACCAAGUUGGAGACUCGAGGAGGAAGCAGCGAGCCAAGAUGUCCAUGGAAUAUUCCCUGUGACUCGGUCCCCGGUGUUCAUCCAGGGCCAGUGCGGUGCCUGAAAAGGAGACUCUGUGGAUGUGGCUGUCCUCCAAGGGGCUGUGUCUGGCACACCACGGCAGUGCAAGAGAGAAGGCUUGGCUCCGAGGGUUUCCCAUUCCAGUUCUUGCACUCUGCAGCCUACUUCUAUGCUGUUUGACUCCCAGAGAGGAUGUCUCUCCCUAAAAUCCAAAUAGAAGAGGCAUUGGAUAGCACGGAUACCAGCUCGGGAGGUGCUGUUCCUCCCGAUGAUCAUCUGAGGAGCCUCAAGGCAUUGACGGAGAAGCUGAGACUGGAAACCAGGCGCCCAUCAUACUUGGAGUGGAAGGCAAAGCUGGAAGAGCAGUCAUGGAAAAGCCCCCAGCCGGCUGGAGAGGAAGAGGUGAACGAGGCCAAAAAGGCCACAGAGGAGACUGUCCCUCUAAGGAAAGUGCAGCUACAGCUCAAUGGGAGCUCUUCCCAGGACAAGGUGACUCUUACCUCAGGGAAAAUAGGUGGUUUUGAGAGCAUCGAUGAAGCUUUGACUUGGCUCAGGAAGGAACUGGCAGAAAUGCGCCUGCAGGACCAGCAGCUCGCGAGGCAGCUCAUGCGCCUUCGCAGCGACAUCAACAAGCUGAAAAUCGAGCAGACCUGCCACCUGCACCAGCGCAUGCUCAACGAUGCCACGUAUGAGCUGGAGGAGAGGGACGAGCUCUCCGACCUCUUCUGCGACUUCCCGCUCAUGACCUCCUUCAGCCUCUCCACACCACUCAAGCUCAUCGGGGUCACCAAGAUGAAUAUCAACUCCCGCCGGUUCUCGCUGUGCUGAAGGGGGGACAGAAGAGGAAAGGAUGGGGGAGAGAGAGAGAGAGGAUUGGGCAGCACAAGGGCUCUCUCCACCUGACGGCUGGCUGCAAAGAGGCCUCAGAGGAGCAGAGGUAACAGGAGCAAACAGGGAACCCGUAGCUGGUCUUGGUGGCAGGGCAGAGAAGCAGAGCUUGGCACUGAGAUGGCCCAGAGAUACCUGUAGAGAAGACAAGACCACGGAGAGCAUCUGAACCCAGUAUAUGCACUUAGCCGGCUCCUUUGCAAAGUCCCUUCUCCUCUUUCUCCACCCCCUGCAGUAGUGAAGAGGCUGACACAGCUCCAGUAUGGUUGGUUGUACUCAGAAAUCAAAGGGGAGGUUCAAAGACCAGCCACAAAGCAGAGCAAAAUCCCUUUUCCCUUCCCCUUUACCUCCUCUCAGGCUAGGGCCAUCUUUUCAGAAAAUAAGUCACCUUCCUCUCUGAAUAAGUCCUUGGGCAUCGACCCUCAGCCUCUGCUGUUCCAGGCACAAGGUCCAUUUGGCUAUUUCAGGUGUGAAGCUGAUUUCCAGUGGAAAAGAGCCCUCUCAGCAGGUGAGGGACUGGGAGUUAAAUUGUAUGCAACCCCAAGAAGUGUUGAGAAGGUGCACUGUUAAUGUGCUCUGUUGAGUCCAAUGUACACUAGAUUAAUUUUGCUGGUGAUAUGGAUUAUGGCCACAUCACGGACACAUUUAUAUAGAAACUCCAGCUGGCCAGAGGUCGUCUGUGUGCCCUAGAGGUUAUGUUCAGAGCAACACAAGUCCCAGAUCUCACUGUCAGCAGUGGCCACAAGACGCCGUGUGGUUACCCCCAUAAGCAGUAAGGCAAAGAAGAUAAUUUACCCAGCCAUGACAUCCCAUACCAGAGGGAUCAUCCCAGACUGACAUUCACCCCAGCACCACCGGCAAGUCAUGGAUCCUCUGUAGCAACACGCUUCCACCAAAGCAGGGAACUUCAAAAGGAGAAAAGGAACUUUUGUGUAAUGAUCAAAUGUGUAAAGCGUGGCUAUAAAACUAAAAGAAGAAAUAUUGCUGCAAAAAGUUGUCAUCAAUAUGCUUUGGAGCUGCAGCAAACACAUAGGAUUCCCUCCCUGUUUGGCAGAAUAUAAGACACUGUAAGAUGUUGUAUUUUCUUGCCUUUCAGUGCAAAGAGCUUCACAUCCACCUGUACACUACACGUGGCAUGGAGGGCACAGAUACCCAUGGUCUAGAUGAGCAAGGGUAGGGACACAACCAGUCUAGCCAUGGUAACCCUGCUGCCUGAGACAGACUCUUCAGAGGGAGCAUAGUUGUCUCCAGGCUCUCCACCCUGUUUCAGCACCUCUCCUGACCAUGUCAUAACAGCACAGUCCUUCAGCCCAUCACCUCAAACCAGCUCUGCUCUCUACAGCAUGCUGGAGAGGAUGGAUGCAAACCGAACUGAACAGAUGCAACUGUGUCUGCACAGCUAACAGUCCAGCUGCGGAGGAGAGUGGGGAAUGCAAGCCAACACCGAGCCAAAAGCUACGUGGCUACAUUGACAUGUGUCUGUCUGUGUCUGUAAGCUGUGUGUGUGCAUAUGUGUGUGUGUAUGUUUUUGUAUGUGUGCACAUGAGCCUGCAGGAAGCCUCUCUAGAGAAGGCCAGAAAGAAUGGUGGGCCAACAUCUUUGUUUCCAAAUCGGAUGUGAACUAAAAGCCGAUAAGAUUCUGCGACGCCUGAGAAGAGAAUGAGGAUGCAAUGAGACCUCAAGGCUUUGGGUUUCCAUGGAGAGCUCAGGCCAAUGCAGAGCGCUGGGCCCAUGAGACAGGCACUUGUGGGAAUCUGAAGGCACAGCCUGGUGCAGCUCUGUGGUAAGGAGGCUUGUGACUCAUCUGCCUCUCAGCUGGUGCUUUAACUUCAUGGGAGUCCCAUGGGAGGGACAAGUUACCUUGCAAAGGGGUUCAUAACGACAUGGGACUGCCAGUGCCCUCUGGAUCUGAGUUCAGUCCUCUAUCUCUAGGGCCUCCAUACUGUGUAACUCCUUGAUGAUUCCUUCCCCUCCCUUUUAAAGCUCACUGGAGCUCCUUCCUCAGUGGAACUUGGAAGCUCUUUGAGCACUGAGAAGCUUUUGUGGCUGGAAACCUGCCUCUAGUUUCCAUUCUCAGUCAGUUCACAACCAGCCUCUACAUUUAACAUUUUCCAGUCUAGCUGCAACACAUCUCCUCCUUUCCUGGUGCUUUUUCCCCACUGCAUUUCAUAGACAGCAGUCAACCUCCCCUUUCUCAGCCCUCCUUUAGCUAGGUUAAAAAUCCCAGGCUUAUUUAGUCUCCUCUCACAAGACAGGCUCCUCCAUCCUCAGCCUUCCUGGGAGCCCUUCUCCCCGCUCUGCACUGGGAAUUCGCGCUUGGGGCAGACUGUCAAACCACUGCUUCGGUGAGGUUGAGGUGUCUGUGCAUUUCUGUGAAAAGUAUAACUUCUUUCUGCUAAGAAAGGCCACUGGAGCUCUAUCUAUACUAGUAAGUCAAGAGGUGUGCAGCAUUCAGACAUGGAAACUUGGACUGCCCAGGUAUUCAAAGUUUAAUAGGGAUGUGGCCAGACUGCCAGACAAAGCCGAGAACAGGCCACGAUGCUGUUUAGUUUACUAGUAGAGAAGUAGCCUUAUUUUCCCAUGGACAUUUUGAAGGAGAGGGAAAAAAAAAAAAAAGCUCAUUAAAAUUCUUCUUUGUUUACUUUUUUAAUAAAAAAAAAAAUUCCUGUCCCAAAUGCUGAUUUUUAGAGGCAUUUUCAAUCAAAAUACAGCAAUGACAGCCCUUCUAUUAAAAUAAUGUCUGGGAAGAAGAGGACUGUUUCUCUCUAAGAGAAGCUAGAGUCAAAUACAAAUUGGGCCUGCCUUCGAGCCCUUGUUUGGUGCCUGAAUGCAGGAGGUUAGCACAAGCAAAGUCUUAGAAGUCAUUGUAUGUGGUGUUAGAAGUACCAGAUGUCUGGGUUCCAGACUUGCAUUUUCUACAUUAAGUGGGAUGGGGAGGUUCACAACUGCCAGCUGUUCAUCAAAACGCACAAUUUUUUAAUUAUAAAAUGAUGUCUGUAUUGA